AUGGUGCAACGAUUGACGAUUCCUCUAUUGCUAGUAUGGGUAUCCAGCUUGGUCUCUGGGUUUACUACCCUCCAGCAGCCAACCACAUCGACGACCCGUCUUUCGCCUCUGUUCAUGGGCCGAGCUGCCGCCGUCCGAGCUGCCACCAAGUCCAAGACGGAUGCCAAAAAGGCCAAGGUCAAUGCUGUCUUUGGCAAGAAAAUCAUCAUGGCCGUCAAACAGGGAGGAAGUCCGGAUCCCAAUGCCAAUCGAAUGUUGGCCGAUCUCAUCAAGCAGGCCAAAUCCAAUUCCGUUCCCGUAGAUAACAUCAACCGUGCAAUAAAACGAGCUUCCGAAGCCAGUACGGGGGAUUUCUCCGAAUCUACCUUUGAAGCCUACGGAUUAGGAGGAGCAUCCUUUGUCAUUAAUGUAUCUACAGACAACAAUAAUCGUGCCACGGCAGAUGUCAAGUCCACCGUCGGCAAACGCAAUGGAAAAAUGGCCGAAUCGGGGUCCGUCUUGUUCAUGUACGAUCGACGCGGCAAAAUUGAAGUCCCCGCCGCAUUGGACGAAGAAGCCGUAUUGGAGGCUGCCAUUGAAGCCGGUUGCGACGACUACGAAAUGAUCGAGGAAGAUGGAACCACAAUAAUCUACACCGAUCCAAAGGAAGCUGCCGUCAUGAACGAUGCCGUACAUUCCAUCAUGGGACAGGAAGAAACCAAAAUGUCCUUGACGUGGGUCACCAAGGCGCCGGUGGAAUGCAGUGAUGAGGAUUUUGACAAGAACAUGGAAAUCAUUGAUGCGCUGGAAGAGUUGGAUGAUGUGGAUAGUGUCGAACACAAUAUGAGCAACUAA